CGUCCUCUUCCGGACCGCAGUUUCCUGCGCCUCUCCGUUUAUCUGCUCUCAACUAUUAGGAACGGAGGAGACCGUCGGUUCCGCUCAUCAAAAAUGACUCUCCACACGUAACCGCUGCAUGCUAAUGCCUUCUUCUAAGUGGACACCUGGGAAUUUGGACCAAAACAUUGCAUUGCCCCUGCCGAAAGAGCGAUCAUAAUGCCUCAGUGCGCUUGUCCGGAGUCGCUGUCAGCUGUCCAGCUCAAGCGCCUGGAGGAACACAAAUACAGCGCGGCCGGUCGCUCUCUCUUCGAGCCGCCCUGCCAGAUAUACUGGAACUGGCUGGUCCAGCAGAUCCCGACGUGGGUCGCGCCGAACACGCUGACCAUCACUGGACUCCUUAUUAACAUAUUAACGACGGUCAUUCUCGUGUAUUACAGUCCCACCGCCACGGAGGAGGCUCCAGGUUGGGCCUUCUUUCUCAGCGCCUUAGGUCUCUUCAUCUACCAAUCACUGGACGCCAUUGAUGGGAAGCAGGCCAGACGGACCAAUAGCAGCUCAGCUCUUGGUGAGCUCUUUGACCAUGGCUGUGAUGCCGUUUCUACAGUGUUUGUUGCCGUGGGAACGUGUAUAUCCUGUGGGAUCGGCGCUUACCCUAACUGGACGUUUUUUUGUGGCUUCGUGGGCAUGUUCAUGUUUUUCUGCGCGCACUGGCAGACAUACGUGUCCGGGACACUCCGCUUUGGAUUGGUUGACGUGACAGAAGUCCAGAUUGCUAUUAUAAUCAUGUAUUUGAUGACAGCAUUUGGAGGAGUGAGUCUUUGGGAGACUAGGGUCCCUGUUCUUGGUGUGGAUUUGCAAACCUUUCCAAUCCUCGGCAUUAUUGGUGGCUUUCUGUAUUCAACCUAUAACUACUUCUACGUCAUCCUGAACGGUGGCGUGGGCAAGAACGGCUCAACCGUUGCAGACACCAGUGUAUUGUCUCCUGGUCUACACAUCGGCCUCAUCCUCUCUCUGGCCUUCAUCAUCUUUAAAAAGUCCUCUAGUCAGGUUUUCGAGCACCAUCCUUGCCUUUACGUCCUUACAUUUGGCAUGGUGAUCGCCAAGAUCUCGAAUAAGCUGGUGGUGGCCCACAUGACCAAGAGUGAGCUUCAUCUUCCUGACACAGCCUUCAUUGGUCCUGGACUCCUCUUUUUGAAUCAGUAUUUCAACAGCUACAUUGAUGAACACAUCGUGCUUUGGAUCGCCAUGGUGCUGUCCCUGGUGGAUCUGCUGCGUUACUGCACAGGCCUGUGCCUGCAAAUCGCCUCCCACCUGCGAAUCCGGGUUUUCAGUAUCACCCCACAGGGCCACGCACAUAGAGACUGACAAUUUGCCCGGCGGAAGGAGGAAGCGGGAUCUAAGGAUGAAGACAUUGUCCCGCUUCUCAAACUAGAGCAAGAGAGCCCCACCAACCAAAACCGCAACGGCCUUGACAAUGUGACCAUCACAGACUAACAGAACUGAAUGUUUUGCCAGGUUUGACCAGACCAGCUCGUAUUGUUUUCUAACCACACUACUGUACACUAGAAUAUAUCACUGGAUGAAAAGAAAGAGUUUAGACAAUGUACAAAAUGUGGCCUUGGGGGCCAGAGGGCGCCCCUUGCCUUGAAAUAGUUCAUUCUGUGCAGGAACACAUUAGAAAUACUUGUUAUUAUUUUUUCAAAGGAUAAAGAAGGAAAAUUGGUGGGAAAUCAAAUGCUGAAUUUGAAUCGGCCAAAAACAUUUGCAUAGAAUCAUUUCCUCAAUUUGGUCAAAGAUAGAGAUGAGCAAAAGAAUCAAAAAAUAACAGAGGGAACAUGUUUGUUUCACAACCGUAUUUAUCACAGUAGAUAUGUACUUUGUUUUUUGGGGGGUUGAUCAUGUUUGUCAAUUUUUAACAAAAAAGGGAAGCUACAACUGCAGUUUGGGCAUCCAAGUCCAUUUUCUACAUCGUAAUAUCUAUUAUUUCAUUUAGGCCCAUUUUUAUAUGUCUGAUCUUGAUACAUACAACAAAAGCAAGUAUUACAAACAUAUUUCUCGGCCUGAUAUAGUCGCCAAACUGCCAAAAAUAGUUUACACCACAGAACCUUUUAUACCGUUCAGAAUUUUUAAUGUUGAUAAAAAAGCAGCUAUUAGUAGAUGAUGUGACACUUUAUAGAAGAGAAUAAGCUCCAGAAAAGAAAACUGCCCAAACAGCCAUUGUAGCUUUACGUAAACCUUUUGUGAUUGUCCAGUGAUUACAGUGUAUUUAUUUUAAUAAUCUGACUCAAUUUAGUGUGAAAUUAAGUCAAGCCUGUUUAAAACAAAAAUAAUAAUUGAAAGAACUUAAUUGUCAAGGAUUGUGUGCUAAAAACAGACUCAUCUCUCCACCCCCUCCCUAGUCACCCAAUCCCAGUUUGCUCAGACUUCCUGGUUGUAUGUUUCACUUCCUAGAGCUUCAACUGAGCACAAACAGAGUUAUUGGGCAUUGCCUUUAGCUCUGUUUUGAGGGAUUUUGGGGGGUGUUGAUCUGUGCCUGUUUUAUGAUGCACUCUCUGCCUGCUUAGAAUCAUCUCCUCCCAAAGGGCUAAUAAAAACAAUACAUUUUGUGUGAUUUGAAUAGAGCACCAUCUAAUGUCCAUUUCUUACGUGUUUUGGGGUCUUCUUUUCAUACUAUAUUAGCUACAUUUCCUCCUUCUGGAAGCAAGAAUCAAUGACGCAUAACAGCAAACAGGAACAGCUACAUUUGCUUGACCAAUAAAUAUGAACUCAGUCAAUGACAUUUCAAAACAACAAGGCAUAUCAAUGCAGUCAUGAAAGAUUUUUAAUUAACAUAUUUGGCUGUUUCAUUACACUUCGGCGUUCAGAUUAUGUUCUUAUUUCAUUAUCAAAUUAGGCACAUGGUUGAAUUUACAAUUGACACAAAAGUGGUAAAUUGUCAGUGUAAUUUAAAGACCUAAAAGAAGUGUAUUUUGACAGAAUUUUAGCAACAUACAUUUCCAAAAUAAAACAAAGAUAUGCUUGUACAUUACAAUGAU